AUGGCGGUGGGCCUGCAGGUUGUGGGUCUGCUUCUGGGCCUGGUGUCCUGGUGUCUGCAGUCCAGCUGCACCUCCUCUCAGGUGUGGAAGGUGAGGAGUCAGCAGGAGUCGGUGAGCAGCAGCCAGUGGCAGUUUGAGGGUCUGUGGAUGAGCUGCGUCGCCACGGCGCUGGGCUCCCUCCAGUGCAGCCGUUUCAGGACGGUGCUCGGCCUGCCGGCUCACCUGCAGGCCUGCAGGGCUUUGAUGAUCUUGUCCCUGCUCGUCGGUCUGGCCUCCAUCAUCGUCUCCAUUCUGGGACUCAAGUGCACCAGGAUUGGCAGGGCCUCGGAGCACCUCAAAGACCAGAUCGCCCUGAGCGGAGGAGUCCUGUUCAUCCUGUCUGGUGUCUUCACUCUGACCGCAGUGUCCUGGUUCGCUGCCAGAGUGAUCCAGGACUUCUACGACCCUCUUUACGGAGGAGUCCGGUUCGAGCUGGGUACUGGUCUGUAUCUGGGCUGGGCCGCCUCCUUUCUGGCCGUACUGGGAGGCUCUUUGCUGUGCUGCUCCUGCAGGAAGUCGCCCUCCGCCCCGCCUGCACGGCAGUUUUCAUACAACUUCUCCUCCACGAGUGAAGGACAGAAGAUCUACAGAGCGGCUCCGGCCUCAGACAGCAGCUGCAGAGCUUACGUCUGA